CAUAGCGUCAGUCGCACUUACAAACGCGGUACCUCAGUUAUGGCUGAUGAAAAAAUUGAUUAUUAUUAUCCUGGAGAUGUAAUUUACACUGGUAAACCGUUCAUCUCAUGUAUUCAAAAAGGCGUACAAAAGCAUAUAUGCGGAUAUUGUCUAUCAAGGCGGGGGCCUCUGAAAUUUUGUGGAUGUUGUCGUGUAACUAGAUACUGCAGCAAAAGUUGUCAGUGUAUAAAGAAUUUUCCCCCCUCCUUUCCGCAUGCCUUCGUGGUGUAAUUGGAAGCAUACCCGAUGUGUACUCGAGAGGUUCAAGGUUCGAGUCCCGGCGAGGGCAGCUGCAGA